AUGGAGAUGAGAUGGAGAGAGGACGCGCAAGCAUCCUUCCCAGACCAGAGCCCACACGGAGCCGUCUCUGCGUCCCUUCGCCCCUCCCCAGGGCUCACCUGCCGCGUCCCCCAGGUCGGGGGUGGGGACCCGGCUCCCCGCUCAGCCGCAGACUCUCAGGCCGCUGUCGCCGCCGACGCCGUGGUCCUGCAGCCGCCACCUCCUCCUCUUCGGCUCCUGGCACCGGCCUGGGUUAUAACCACCCACUGA